AUGUAUGAAACCGAGAGUGAUGAAUGCCAAGCCCCGUGCCCGCGUUCACUUCCGCUCACCAAUGUUCAUGCACCGUUCAAGUUGCUGCGAACCGCCCUACACACCACCCUUCCCCGCGCCUCAAUGGCACCAAGAUUGCGCAACGCGCUCGCAAAGAGCCUGUCGCGUCCUCUCGAUAAUAGCGCUGUCUUUUACUGCCCAUCGUGUGCAGUCUGGCUCCGAUCGUUAUCCACGCGCGCCGACACCCGCAGGACCGACAAACCCGAUUCAUAUCGAAGAGCUGGCCGAGCCUCCAAGGCCAUCACAGAAUUCUCUCCUCGAGCAUUCAGUACAUCGACUGUUAUAACUGCGAAAUCCGUCCCCUCUCGGUUCAAAGAGCUGCACGCUGCCCUCGAAGCAGUGAAAGAUGCCGGCCUCGAACAGGUGAACCUCAGUCGCCUGCAAUUUGCACUACGGGGGUUGGAGUCUGAAACGCCUCUCAUUAGGGUAGCUGGACAUGGGACUAAUCUCUUCUCGUUGUGGAACAUAGUGCUCGGAUUGAACGAUGCAAUCUCCGCUCGCAAACUCGUGAGACUACUGCUGGCCGACCCAUUAGUACCGCGACAAAGCUGGGAAGACGUGCUCGAGUCAUACGACGCCGAUUCAUCUCGAGGGUUGUUGAUCAGAUACGGUGAAAUCUCAGAAUCUAUCCCGAACGACCUCCUACCGACGAUAUCCGUGCCAUCGCCCAUCCUGAAGAACGGCAAUUUGGAGAUCCUGGUUAGCACUCUGAGCUCUGGGCCUGACCUCGACGCCGCUACGUUCCACGCCGACACCUUUCUCGUUCCCACAGUGACGAUACAGACCUCGCAUUCCGGUCGGCAUAAUGUUGUUCGGUAUCCCGUGCAUCGCACCAUCGUGUGUGCAAAUGGGGUGGAUGGCCUGUUGUCGUAUAGCGCCAUAGUGGGCCGAGCAGACCUGAAGAAUGAGGCCGUCUCGGUGCAUGGAGUCGUCCAACUCGCAGUGAACGACCAAAAGCCCACAAACAAGCAGGUGUCUGUGGUAGAUGUCGACCGUGCCAACGCAGCACUGGAUUCAUUCCGCGAAUCCGUCCAUAAUGCCUCGGACUACGAACGUGGGUGGAAUGGCAGUGGCGUGCAACCGCUUAUCGAUUGGCUUGCGGCUUCUUCGGAAACGUCAACUGGCGACGCGUUGAAUCCGGCCUUGGUCCCUCUGGUGGAGUCUCUCGUAGACGCAGCCGACACUAGCGCAAUUGCCAGGGACGCCAAGGCCCUCCAAGACCAAACUGUUGGCAUAGCCACUCCGGAGAUUCGGACCAACUUAGACAAAGGUGUCACUGCGUGGGCCGAGCGUGCACACUCUGAGCUCCGCAGUGCCCUCGAGGUAGGGCUAGCCAGUCCACGCUGGCGCGGCCUUGCAUGGUGGAAACUGUUCUGGCGCGUCGACGAUGUCGGCAUGGUCACUUCUGAGAUCUUAGACAAGAAGUUCCUCCGCCAGGCAGAGCAGGAGGUCAUUUUCGCCGCAGGAAAGUACCAGCAAGCCGGCCUGUUGGAGGAGCCUUUGUCCCCAAGUCCCGAAUCUGCCAAGGAUUCCACCUUGGCUGCUACUUGGCCUACCCAGAUCCCGGACUUACGCACAAAGCUUCUCACCACCACCGUGCCAUCUCUUCAAGCCCUUGCCCAGGGUCUUGUGCUCUUCAGCGUGUCUACCACGACCCUGACUUCCGCUCUCUCCGCCCUAACAUAUGUGGCUAUUCCAGCAGCUACGGUAUACGAGUCGUGUACCAUCGCUGCAGUCGGUUUAAUCUACUCUCUGCGUCGCCAACAAAAACGAUGGGAUGAGGCCCGUGCUUUCUGGGAGGACGAAGUGCGCGAGGAAGGACGCACGUCCCUGAUGGAAACGGAAAUUGCUCUCCGUGAUAUCGUGCGAAAUGGCGGUAAGACUGUCGAAGAUCUUUCUGACCACCAUGCUCGAGAGAUUGUCGCACGCGCUAGAAAGGCUUUGAAGGAAGUAGAGGCAUAA